GUUAGGUUAAGUUAGAUUAUAGGUUAGGAGGAGUAAAGUAGAAAACAACGAGAAGCAAGACCAAUCGACGAUGACAUGAUGGGAAAAUAACUAGCCAUCUUUACUACGUACGAAUGUUCAACGUGUCGGUUCAACGUGUACAAAAAUUUGGGGAAAGGAAAAAUGUAGCUAGUGGAAAAAUAUCCACAAGUUAUUUUAAGAAAGUUAAGAAGACCAAUUUACUAAUAUGAAUAAGACUUCGCAAAAAACUGGACAAGUAUUAAAGUACGUGAGUUUGGUUACUCUUACGCUUCAAAAUGCUAUGGUUGGCCUUAGCAUGCGAUACUCACGUACUAGAGCAGGGGAUAUGUUCCUUUCUUCCACUGCUGUUGUGAUGGCCGAAGUAGUCAAAUUACUCACCUGCCUUGUAUUAGUGUAUAUUGAGGAAGGAAACUUUGAGAAAUUUUACAAAGCAUUGCAUAUGACAAUCGUGAAGCAGCCUUUUGACACCUUGAAAGUUUGUGUGCCAUCCCUUCUAUAUAUUAUUCAAAACAAUUUGCUUUAUGUCUCUGCAUCCAAUUUGGAUGCAGCUACACAUCAGGUUACGUAUCAGUUGAAAAUUUUGACAACAGCUUUUUUCGCAGUAACGAUUUUGCGUAAAUCUCUAUAUACUACUCAGUGGGGUGCCCUCAUGCUUCUUGUCAUUGGAGUCAUUCUAGUUCAAUUGGCACAGACAGUAAAAGCAUCAUUACCUUCGGGCAUCGAACAAAACCACUGGCUAGGCUUCUCUGCCGCCUUAAGCGCGUGUUUCCUGUCCGGCUUUGCAGGAAUUUACUUCGAGAAAAUACUCAAGGGCUCCGAUAUUUCGGUGUGGAUGCGAAAUGUGCAAUUGAGUGUAUUGUCCAUACCGUUUGGUCUAGGAACUUGUUUCUUACAUGACGGUGACGUCAUACUCAAGCAGGGUUUCUUUUUCGGUUAUGAUUUGUUCAUUUGCUACCUGGUGAUCUUGCAAGCGGGCGGCGGACUGAUCGUGGCUAUGGUAGUCAAAUAUGCCGACAAUAUAUUGAAAGGAUUCGCCACAUCUCUGGCUAUUAUAAUUUCCUGUAUAGCUUCCGUUUAUCUAUUCGACUUUCAUCUGUCGUUCCAGUUCACUCUGGGUGCAUUCCUCGUCAUUUGUUCAAUCUUCCUCUAUGGCCAUCAGCCGAAAACUGUGUCUCUCGAUAAACAUACAUCUGCUGAGAAAGUUUGAUAAUGACUGAAAAUACGAGUGUAUUUUCACUGAAAUAAUACUCGAUAUCAUGUUUUUUCUUAAACUCUUAUUAACUAAUGUUAAUUUGAUGAUACAUCAUGAAUUUUACCAAGAGUAGAAGCAAUUUAAAUUUAUUAACAAAAAAACCAAUGCAUUUAAAUAGAAUAAAGAUUAUAUUUAUAGAGAUUUAAACAAUGUUAUUUUUUAAAAAAAAGAUAAAAUCGAUUGUAAGUUUUUCGUAAAAAGUAACGAAAAAAUUGUACAUAUGAGAGAAUCACGUAUGCAAUUUUUGCAAGUUUUAGUUGUUUUAAAUUGGGGUGUAAACGUUUUUAGAAGUUCAUGUAUUUAUAUCCGAUUUUGAUUCUGAAUUACUUUGUGAUAAUCAAGAUGAGAAAGUUAAGAAUGAAACAUUUAGAAAGAUUAAAACGAAAUUGUGCACUAUAAUAGUUUUACUUGUUUGUUAUAGAUAUAGAGACGAUUAUUCGUAUUUAUUUUUAUAUAGCUUUAAACAUAUUUCUAUAUGUUCAAUCAAAAUGUAUCGCUAGGCCAGUAAGUUAUUAUAUUCACACUAUGUACUUAAUUAAAAUAAAUUUUAAUAAAUAAGGUUUUUUAUGAAAAUUCAUAUAUAAUAAUUCGUUUUUUUCUUUGAAAAAUAAUUUUCUUCCGCCUCUUAAAAUGUAUGUCAAAUAAUUACGAGAUAAAACUAUUUACAAUUGUGUACAUCCCUGCUAUAUGAAGAUAAAUUCUGAAAAAUCUCUGAAAA